CUGCGGUUGAGUGUAGCCGGAUGCCUCAGCACAGUUUUUUGACUACAUGAACAUCUUUGUAAAGCCAAGCGGUUGUUACAUUUCAUUUUGCUACUCGUCCUCUCUUUCAUCAAGUCUUCAGGGUACUCUUAAUAGAAAUGAAGCUGAAAUCAGUUACUUUGGAUCUCAUUUUUAAGGUCUGACCACUUCACACACCUGUCACCCUGGAAGCGCAGGAGGUCAUGCGGGGGGAGGAGCUUAGCCCUGGCAGCGUGGCGUCUGCUGUGGGGAGCGGCCCCCUGCCCAGUCCUCAGAGCGAAGCGGUGACCAGUGAGCUGAAGGAACUCUCCCUGCAGCCCUUACCGAGUUUGAUACCCCUGAAAGAACGAAAGAAUGUUCUUCAGCUCAAACUACAACAGAGAAGAACGCGAGAGGAGCUGGUCAGCCAAGGAAUCAUGCCUCCACUGAAGAGUCCGGCUGCCUUCCACGAACAGAGGAGAAGUCUGGAGCGAGCACGUACGGAGGACUACCUGAAGAGGAAGAUCAGGAGUCGGCCAGAGAGGUCUGAACUGGUGAGGAUGCACAUUCUAGAAGAGACUUCAGCGGAGCCCUCGCUGCAGGCCAAGCAGCUGAAGCUGAAGAGAGCACGUCUGGCUGAUGACCUCAACGAUAAGAUCUCCCACCGCCCUGGACCCAUCGAGCUCGUCCACAAGAACAUCCUCCCUGUCAUCACGCUCAUUGAGUCUCCGAAGGGUGAGAGCUCCUCUUUGGACGAGGACAGUAGUGAUGCUCUGUCCCCGGAUCCACAGGGCAGUCAGGAUUCACCACUGAGCCUCGGUCCUCAACAUUCUCCCGCUGAAAUAAUGAAUAUGAAUGGAGACCUCUCACCCUCUCAGUUCCUCACUCAGGCCCCGCCUCCUACAUUCGGUGCAUCUCACACUUCUCCUCCACAUAAUCCACCCAAUGAAAUCACUAUGACAAACCUCGCCCGGCCACCUACGGGACAGACAAGGCAGCAGUCCAGGUCCAGCACAGAUCGGGCUUCACAGCGCUCUAAAAAACCCAAAGAUAGCAAGCCCAAAGUGAAGAAACUCAAAUAUCACCAGUACAUCCCUCCCGACCAGAAAAACGAGCGUGAGCCGCCGCCUCCGCUGGACUCUUCGUAUGCCAAGAUCCUCCACCAGCAGCAGCUGUUUCUUCAACUUCAGAUCAUCAACCAGCAACAGCAGCAUUACAACUACCACACCAUCUUACCCGCCCCACCCAAAGUUUCUACUGAAAUGCAGCAAACAUCCACCAAUCCAGGCCCCUCCCCUUCCCAGACCAUUUCCACUUGUUCUACAAUGUCCUCCAAUCAAAAUGGUCCUUCUCGUCAAAGUCAGCCCUCAGUGGGAGGGGCUAAACCCAGCACUUUGCCCGUCAACCUGGAUGAAUUCAAAGUUGCCGAACUCAAACAAGAGCUCAAAUUGAGAGGUUUGACAGUAUCAGGCACUAAAAAUGAUCUCAUCGAACGACUGAAAAACUACCAGGAACAGAACGGUGGUUCCUCAGCAGCUGCGAAAACUGCCCAGGUUCAGUUAUCCGGUGCUAUCCAGCAACAAGCGAAAGAUGUUAAAACGUCCUCCUUUCCCGUAGCAGCUGCCACUAGGGUCCACGCCACAACUCCGCCUCAGAUUAUGCGCUUCAGCAGCACUAGUUCCUCCCCACCUGCAUCUCCAACCCCUUCUGACCGCUCUCUGGCUGCAUUGAGUCCAGAUGAGGCCAGCUGUAACGGGGACGUGUUUGGAGAAAUGGUCAGCUCGCCCCUCACCCAGCUCAGCCUUCACCCCUCUCCAGAACAUCCCUCUCCGGUUAAAGAGGAGCCUCUUGGACGGAUGCAGGCCUGCUGCAGCCUCUCCCGCACAGGUCCAUUGCCAUCAGCCCCUUCUCUAGACAAAGACCAAAUGCUUCAGGAGAAGGAUAAGCAGAUAGAGGAGCUGACACGCAUGCUGAGGCAGAAGCAGAGGCUGGUGGAGACGCUGCGCUCCCAGCUGGAGCAGGGUAAGCGCGGAGCGGCCGCAGAGGGCGCAAACAACACUGUUGACACUGAAAUGCUUUCCCUCCCUAAUGGACUAGAAGUGAAAGUGAAGGAAGAGGUCAAGGAGGAAAUGGACACAUCGGAAGACCCGCUAAAGCAGGUCCAACUGCAGAAAAAGCUGCAGACACAGUGUUCGCAGCAGACGCUGCUCAAGCUGCAGCAGAUACAACGGUUACAGCUGCAGCAGCAACAACUUCUGCAGCAGCAGCAAGUGCUGGUGGACCUACCGAACUUACAUCAACAGAAAACACAGCUGGUGCAACAGCAAAGGCAGCAGAUGCAAAUGGACCCAAAAGUGAAGCAAGAGCAAGGGAAGGCGCAGGUGUUGCAGCAACAGCAAAAGACACAGUUGCAGCAACAGAAAACGCAGAUGCUGCAGCAGCAGAAAAUGCUGUUACUGCAACAACAGCAGCAAAAGACACAGUUACAGCAGCAGCAAAAGUUGCAGCAGCAGAAGACAACAAUGCAGCAACAAAGGUUGCAGCAGCUCAUCGUGCAGCAGACCCAACAAAAGCAGCUACAAGCCAAUCAGAAGCAGCAGCAGAAUACACAAAAUCAGCCGCAGCAGUUACAGACACCACAGGUUUCGCAGGUGUUGGUGAACCAGCAGACUAGUCCUCAGAUCACCACAUCUUUUCCACUGGAUCUUCUGAAGAGUCAUGGCACACCCACACUGGUCACCGACAGCAACGGCAACCGCUAUCUCAUUGCACUCACCAGUAAUGGCGUAGACAGCUUGACUGGAAAAUCUCCUCAGAGCAAAUCUAAUGGACGCAUUACUCUACAGAGGUUACAGUCUACCCCUACCAAGCUCCCUAGCCAAUCGUCUACUGAUGUCACCAAUUCUGCCAACCAAUCACAAGCUGUCAGAGAGCCUGUCACCAAAAUUCAGAAAGUAGGGCUUCACUUGGACACCACAUCUGUCCAGGAAUCCAGCCAACCGGUAUCUGCUCCACCCAGCUUUGAGCCCUUCUUCACUGAGGAAUCAAACUCAUUGGGUAAACCCUCCUCACCGCCCCCAUUUAAGGAGGAGGUUUGCCCAACCUUUGAUCGCCACACUUUGUUCACCCCUUCCUCCCCAAAGCCAAACCCUCCACGUUUCAAAGAAAACAUAUCUAACAACCAGCAAAUAGACGACCUGUUUGAAAUCCUGAUCAAGAGCGGAGAAAUUUCAUCUGGAUUUAAAGCCAAUCAAGACCCCUCCCUGUCAGACUUCCACAACAGCCCACCGUCUCCUUCCCCACCUCCUUCUCCUCUCCACCUGUCACUGCCCGCUCACCACCCUGACCCUGCCCCUCCCCAGCAGCACCCAGACACACAGGACAGGCCCUGCUCCGGCACCGGCCGCCUAGAGGACUUCCUUGAAAGCAGCACUUGGACUCCCCUUCUCGGUGUGGAGCCAGACGGCCCGUUGACAUUAAUCGAUGAUCUCCACAACCAAAUGCUGAGCACCUCCAGUAUUCUGGACCAUCCCCCAACACCAAUGGACACCAGUGACCUGAGCUUCUCAACCCACCCGGCCAGCCUGGACUUCGAAGACCCCACACUAGAUGGCAUGGAUUGGCUGGACAUACCCAUGGGAGGAGGGGGUAGUAAUUGUAACGGCGCUGGUAUGGUCCUGGCCCCUCUGAGCUCACACACUCCACCCAGUGUGUUCUCGGCAGACUUUUUGGACAGCUCGGAUCUGCAGCUCCACUGGGACUCCUGUUUGUAGCUUUUGGUCUUAAUUUGCUUAUCGACACAAAAUUUAGCACCUUCAACCUUACUGUGUAUUACCCGUACACAAAACACUCCAGACGCACAUGCUGUUUAUUACGUUGAAAAGCUUGUUUUUCAUCAUAUUCCACUAGAUUGCCGGAUGGUAUUUAAACAGUACCUGCGGCUGAUAUGUAGGUCCUCUUAAGCACUGAAUUUUAAGCCCGAAUUACCUAGAUGUUUUACAUCACGUGGCUGUGACGCCUUUGCCAACAGAGAGACCAAUCUGUACCCCGCAACCAGCUUUGCACUCCUCCAGGAAUUUCACAAAAGCAGCCCAGAGCAUGUCCUACAAAUCCAUUUAUAUGGUCUAGAUUUUAGACCAGUCAUGUGCAUCCAUUGGAUGAGGUCAAUCAAUUCUUUUGAUAGGCUUUAGCUGUAAGCACACCAGGUAGAACAAUCGGAAGAGGUGACUGAACCUCUUUAGCGCAGCAUAGUAUUUUGUUUACUACCUGUUUCAGGUAAACUAUGACGGCUUAAUUAUAUGAGGUUACAUUGCAGUUAUAUGUAUUUCCUCUCUAAGUGAUUCUGUGGGAUCUCUUUUAGCUCCAUAGCUUUAUGCAAUCACAAUUGCUCACAUCAAAAGUUAAAAAAGAAUGAGGGACAUUAAAUACAAUUAACCCCUCCUUAGAGCUCCAUUUAAAACUUUUAGAGGUGUUGUACCCUUUGGCAUGUUCGUUCUACCAACUUUGCACUUAAGCUGACCCGACUGGUGCUCUGGUUUAAUGAAACAACCCAAUGCAAUGGGCUCUGCAGGGAACCAGGUUUGGUGGCUUUCACCAGAUCUCUAUGCAUUGCUGUACUUUAGGAUCAUGUGUAUUUCUGAAACCUGUGUUGUGCCCUAUGAUUGUAGCGGUUGUAUGGUGGAGGUCAGUGCAAGGGUUCAGGUUUCAGAGUAUUUGGAACUUCUUCUUUUUUUUAAGUAAAUAAAAGAAAAAAAUGCCU